GUUUUUCUUUUAUCUAACAGCGGGGACCAUACAGAAACUGUGCAACUGGAGUAUGAUCCAAACUGCACAACAUACAGUGAUCUGUUGACACGGUUUUGGAAAGAUCAUGAUCCUACAGCUCUACACAAAGCACAGUACAUGUCAGCAAUAUUUUACCAUGAUGAAGAACAGAAGAAGCUUGCAGAACAGACACGUAAUGAGCAUCAGAAGACUCUAAGAAGGCCCAUUGUAACCAAGAUUCUUCCUGCAAAAAGAUUCUAUGAUGCAGAAGAGUAUGCCAAAUAUAAUUUCAUUUACGUUAGCUUGUCACUAAGUGAACAACCACAUUGGAAAAGUGACUUCUCUUUUUAAUGUGUCUCUAGAAAAGCAGUGGGGAUCCCAGGGAUAAGGAUGAAGACUGGAAAUUCCCCCCCACCCUCCACCCCCCAUUAUAUAUACAUAUAUAUAAAAAACAUGCAAACACACAUGCACACCAGAAAGGAGCUCAUUGGGGUAGAGGAUUUGAAAAAGAUUUUUUGAAUGAAAGGGUCAUAUUUCUCUCCGUCUAAUUUACUUUUCUAGGGAGGAAAUUUAUGUUUGUCACUCUUAAGACUUAAAGAGAUAAUAUUACGUAAUUAUUGUUCAAAUAUUUUUCUUUUCCUUUCUCAGUUAUCACCAAAAGUAUCUGCUGCGUCAGAAACCCUCGCUGCUUAAGAGCCUUGGGUUAAACAGUGUGGAACUAAUAAAUUCAUCUGUAGCAGCAAGAUUAAAUGGCUACAUGGGAGGCUAUGGGUCCCUGAAAGAUUUUGAAGCUGAAGUAGAUGAUCUAAAAAUCACUGAUGCACAAGCUGAUAUGGUGCGCAAGAUCAUAAGUAGCAGGCGAUUCUAA